CGGGGUCGGUGCUGUGGCAGCGAGUUGUUAAAGGGAAGCGAGUGCGCGCUGCGCGACCUCCACCCUCCAGGGUCCUUCUGAUGCGGUCACCGGGCCCUCGGUGGUUGUGUCGGACCUUGCUGCAGGAUGGGCGCGGGCGCGCUGGCCGUGCGCCAAAGGAAAGCCACUGCUAAGCUGAAGGAAGACACAGGAAGGAGUGUGACAGGGCCACCCCAUCAGCAGAGUGAUCUUUCCUGUAAGAAAUUCUUUGGGGUGCCUCUGCAGGAUCUGCACCAGCAGGGUCUCACUGAGAAUGGCAUACCUGCCCUAGUGGGAACUUUGGUAGACUACUUGACUAAGUAUGGACUCACCCAGGAAGGCCUCUUUCGGGUAAACGGGAAUAUGAGGGUGGUGGAAGAGCUGCGCCUCAAGUUCGAGAGUGGGAGCUCCGUGGAGCUGGGCAAUGGUGAUGUCUGUGCUGUAGCCAGUCUUUUGAAGCUCUUCCUGAGGCAGCUGCCGGAGAGCCUGUUCACUGCAGCAUUGCAGCCACGGUUCAUCCAACUUCUUCAAGAUGACAACAUUGGUGCUCAGGAGACUCAUUUAAAAGAUUUAAUACGAGAGCUGCCAGGCACUCACUACUGCCUCCUCAAGUAUCUUUGCCAGUUCUUGAGGAAAGUAGCUGAGCACAAGGAGCAAAAUCGCAUGGACAUCCACAAUCUUGCCACUGUAUUUGGACCAAAUUGUUUCCAUGUGCCAGUUGGACUUGAAGGUAUCAAACAGCAAGACCUCUACAAUAAGAUAAUGGUUAAAAUAUUAGAAAAUUAUCAUUCACUGUUUGAAGUAGAAUAUUCAGAAAAUGACAACCAGAGGUGUGAAAAUUUGACAAGGCUUAUCAGAGUAAAAGAUGCCAGCUAUAUGAACUCCCUGUCUAUUCUUCAGACAAACGAUUUACAAAGAGACAUGCAAAAGCCCUCUCCAAAAACCAAUUAUAGGAGGUAUAGGAGUGAGGGAUCAAUUCAGGCCUACUGGAUACCACAACCAGAACUCUCUGAUAGUGUCCCUCAGGUCAGCUGGCAACGAAGUCACCGCAGAGCCUACAGUGAUGACAUGAGCAGUGCUCAGGGGUUACUUUCAGCUCAUGUUUUGCCUAGUUCACAGGAAGAUGAAAGACCUAUAUCUUCUUUAUAUUUGAGUGCUCAUGUACCACAAGUCAACAACGUUUCAGCAACUGGAGAACUUCUAGAAAGAACCAUCCGGUCAGCUGUAGAGCAGCAUCUUUUUGAUGUUAGUAGCCCUGGGGAAACAAGUUCAGAAAACUCAGAAUCUAGGCCCUCCUCAGCAUCUUCCACCACAUCAGCCAGACAACGACGGCGCAUGUGUAUGCAGCAAAGUGAUGUUCAAUAUGAUAAAGACCUGAGACUUCUCGAUAAAGAAAAUACUUCUGGAUUCAGCAACCGUGGUGAUGGUAUUUUGAAUACGCAGGAAGUGGAAAUAUUACAUGAAAAUACUUCUGGGUAUAUUGAAGAAAGGGGCAAAUGUAAACGUCAGAAAUCCAAUACCAAACUUUCUGAGAUUGAUGAAAAUCAAGAUGGUCUUCUGAAUAUGGAAAGCCUAAAUUCCACACCAUCUCAUCAGAAAAUGGAACCUGAUGAUGUUGAACUGUUGUCUAAUAGAAGCAAAGAAAAUGGAGGAAAUGACAACUGCUCUCAGCAUUUUGAGAGCCUUACCAUGAAGAUUCAGGAGCAUCCCAGUCUACCUGACAGCAAACUGUCCCGGACUCAAGAUUCUGCCGACCAGCCAGAGAGCUUUGUCUCCGAAGUGGCCCCGCUGGACCUGACUGCAUUGUGCCAUGAGAAGACCUGGGAAGAGCCCGCCCCCACCCUCCCCUCCUGGCAGCAGGAGAACGUGGACCCAGAUGAAGCCUGCCUCUCCCCUCAGGCUGGGCGCCUGAUCCGCCAGCUACUGGAAGAAGACAGCGACCCCAUGCUCUCUCCUCGCUUCUACCCUUAUGGGCAAAGUGCGCAAUACCUGGAUGAUACAGAAGUGGCUCCUUCUCCCCCAAAUUCUCACUCAUUCAUGAGGCGCCGUAGUUCCUCUCUGGGUUCCUACGAUGACGAGCAGGAAGACCUGACACCUGCCCAGCUCACGAGAAGGAUCCAAAGCCUCAAGAAGAAGAUCCGUAAGUUCGAAGACAGAUUUGAAGAAGAGCGGAAGUACAAGCCUUCCCACAGUGACAAAGCGGCCAACCCAGAUGUUCUGAAAUGGACAAAUGACCUUGCCAAGUUCAGGAAACAGCUUAAAGACUCAAAACUGAAGAUAUCUGAAGAGGAGCUAACCCCAAGGAUGCGGCAGCGAAGUAACACACUCCCCAAGAGUUUCGGUUCCCAACUUGAGAAAGAAGAUGAAAAGAAGCAAGAUUUGGUCGAUAAAGCCAUAAAGCCAAGUGUGGAAGUCACGCUGGAAUGUAUCCAAAGGAAGCUCCAGGAGAAGAGGGCAGAAACCAGCCGUCCUGAGGACAUUAAGGAUAUGACCAAAGACCAGAUUGCCAACGAGAAAGUAGCACUACAGAAAGCUCUCUUAUACUACGAAAGCAUUCACGGCCGGCCGGUAACCAAGAAUGAGCGUCAGGUGAUGAAACCACUGUAUGACCGAUACCGGCUGGUCAAACAGAUCCUGUCCCGAGUCAACUCCAUCCCCAUCAUUGGUUCUCCCUCCACCAAGCGGAGAAGCCCUUUGCUGCAACCAAUCAUCGAGGGUGAAACUGCUUCCUUCUUCAAGGAGAUCAAGGAAGAAGAAGAUGGUUCUGAGGAUGAUAGCAAUGCAAGGCCUGACUUCAUGAUCACUCUUCAAACUGAUUUUGGUGCACGCUGCUUUCUGGACCAAUUUGAGGAUGAAGCUGAUGGAUUUAUUUCCCCUAUGGAUGAUAAACUACCAUCAAAAUGCAGCCAGGACACUGGGCUUUCAAAUCUCCAUUCUGCUCCAAUACCAGAACUCUUGGAACACCUUCAGGAUAUGAGAGAAGAGAAGAAGAAGAUUCGAAAGAAGCUACGUGAUUUUGAAGACAAUUUCUUUCGGCAGCAUGGAAGAAACGUCCAGAAGGAAGACCGCACUCCUAUGGCUGAAGAAUACAAUGAGUACAAGCACAUAAAAGCAAAACUAAGGCUUUUGGAGGUGCUGAUCAGCAAGAGAGACACGGAUUCCAAGUCUAUGUAAGGGGAUUCCCUGGUUUGCGGCGAAGGGCCUGAGGUGCAGGGGGAUUUUGCUCCUUGCCUCCUCUGGCAAAGAGCAGUUCUGCAGAAGCGGAAGGCAGACUUGGAUCUGGACCUGCAAAGUUUUGUAGCUCUUCUGCCUCCAGGCCUUUGGCUUCCGUUUCCAUUGCCUGCCUUAGAAAUGCCUAGAUGGAAGAAAGCAACUUGCCUUGAUCAGGAAUUUUAUAAGGGAAAGUUAAGAUUCCUGCACAUGUACUAGCAUGUGUGUGAGUGUCCAUACACACAUGCACACCUACUGUAGUGGAAGCUUUACUAAUACUCUCAGCGAUGAAUCACUCUGCGGUUCAUUUCUAGAAUAUAUGUUCUUCUUCCUUGGAUAACUGAGAAACAUGAGACCAUUCUUUUCCAAACUGUGAUCAAAACCAGCUCAGGACAUCACUUGACAGAGCGAACUUGCUGUGCAGGUCUGUGUUCUCUCUGGACUCAGACAAGUGGGAAUGUUCAUUGGAGCCCUAUUUGCUGCCUCGCCCAUUCUUGUGAUCUUUCCACAGCUGCACCUUUCCCUACGCGUGUGAACUCUUUCCCCUUCAGCUCUCAGGUAGAUGGAAGCUGCGUCUGCCCAGAGCAGCCUGGAAAACAUCUAUUUGACGAUGUGUUUCCAGAUUUCCUCAGUGGACAAAGAAUUGGAUCCCUGACUAGGACAAAAUCAUCUGCAGAAGACAAAUGAAAUGACUAAAGAAACAGUUCUGUGUUAAAGAAAGUAACGACAGAAUGAAGAGCUUAGACAAUUAUUUGCUG